AGGAGUAAUCCAACGGUGAAUAAUAGGUAGGUGAGAUGAUAUGAACGGCGGCGAUGCUUGUAGUAGAGAGCGAUAAAAAGAGAGAAAGAAAGAAAUCUUUAUUUGUUUCGUCUUCGCUUUCCUAUCUCUUUCCUUCCCCACACGGGCCGACCAUUAAAAGAGAGUCUCUCUCUCGCUUUCUCGCACUUCUCCAUCCAAAGGGCCAAAGGCGUAGUAGAUAGCCUCCAACUCUUGCAUCAUGGCUAGGCUCUUGGCUAAUUCUACAUCCCGUUCUUUACUUGGUUCCGGAAGAGACUUUCAGUCAGAAGACUACAGAAAACCAAGAAGAUGUGUGAAGAUGAUGUACACUUCUCAAACAUCCGUUUUGAGUAUCCAGAGCUUCUCUGGUUUAAGGGCUUCCAAUGCGCUGGAUCGGGUGGCAAGGCCUAGCCACGACUUUUUCGGUAAGGUUAACCUUCAAAUGUCUUCUUCCCGGAGAGAAAAAGCUAGCCGAGGUGUAACAAAAGCCAUGUUUGAGCGGUUUACCGAGAAAGCAAUCAAGGUCAUCAUGCUGUCUCAAGAGGAAGCUCGGAGGCUUGGCCAUAACUUUGUUGGCACUGAGCAAAUACUGUUGGGACUGAUUGGGGAAGGCACUGGAAUCGCUGCAAAGGUUCUUAAAUCCAUGGGGAUCAAUCUUAAAGAUUCUCGUGUGGAGGUGGAAAAGAUCAUUGGAAGAGGCAGUGGUUUUGUGGCUGUGGAGAUCCCAUUUACUCCUCGUGCAAAGCGUGUCCUGGAGCUCUCACUUGAGGAAGCUCGCCAACUUGGGCAUAACUACAUUGGGUCAGAGCAUCUUCUGCUUGGUCUUCUUCGUGAAGGGGAAGGUGUUGCAGCUCGUGUCCUGGAGAAUUUGGGUGUAGAUGCUAGCAACAUCCGGACGCAGGUUAUACGUAUGGUGGGAGAAAACAAUGAAGUGACGGCAAGCGUGGGUGGAGGAUCUAGCGGAAACAGCAAAAUGCCAACACUAGAAGAGUAUGGGACCAACUUAACUAAACUAGCAGAAGAGGGUAAACUGGAUCCAGUUGUUGGAAGGCAGCCACAGAUAGAAAGAGUGGUCCAGAUCUUGGCUCGAAGAACCAAGAACAACCCUUGUCUUAUUGGAGAACCUGGAGUUGGUAAGACAGCAAUAGCUGAAGGACUCGCACAGAGAAUUGCCAGUGGAGAUGUCCCUGAAACAAUUGAGGGGAAGACGGUGAUAACCCUUGAUAUGGGUCUUCUUGUGGCUGGAACGAAGUACCGUGGAGAAUUUGAAGAAAGGUUGAAGAAGCUGAUGGAGGAGAUCAGACAAAGUGAUGACAUAAUCCUGUUUAUUGAUGAAGUGCACACUCUGAUCGGUGCAGGAGCCGCUGAAGGUGCCAUUGAUGCUGCUAACAUCUUAAAGCCAGCUCUUGCAAGAGGUGAAUUGCAGUGUAUUGGUGCAACAACAUUGGAUGAGUACAGGAAGCACAUUGAGAAAGAUCCUGCACUGGAGAGACGGUUCCAGCCUGUCAAAGUACCUGAACCAACUGUAGACGAAGCUAUACAGAUCUUGCACGGUCUGCGUGAGCGUUAUGAGAUCCACCACAAGCUCCGCUACACUGAUGAAGCUUUGGUUGCUGCUGCGCAGUUGUCACAUCAGUACAUCAGUGACCGGUUUCUUCCCGACAAAGCCAUUGACUUGAUUGAUGAAGCUGGAUCUCGGGUUAGGCUGCGUCACGCUCAGGUCCCUGAGGAAGCUAGAGAGCUUGAAAGGCAACUCAGACAGAUCACUAAGGAGAAGAAUGAAGCUGUAAGAGGCCAAGACUUUGAGAAGGCUGGUUCUCACCGGGACCGGGAAAUAGAGCUUAGAGCCGAGAUAGCUGCUGUUUUAGCCAAAGGCAAAGAAGUGAACAAAGCUGAGACUGAAGCUGGCGAGGAAGGGGGACCUACUGUCACUGAAUCCGACAUCCAACACAUUGUCUCCACCUGGACAGGAAUCCCAGUAGAGAAAGUCUCCUCUGAUGAAUCUAGCCGUCUUCUCAAGAUGGAGCAGACUCUUCACACAAGAGUCAUUGGCCAAGACGAAGCCGUCAAAGCCAUUAGCAGGGCCAUCCGACGUGCACGUGUUGGACUCAAGAACCCGAACCGGCCAAUAGCAAGUUUCAUCUUCUCUGGUCCAACCGGUGUGGGGAAAUCAGAGCUUGCCAAAGCCUUGGCUGCUUACUACUUCGGCUCAGAGGAAGCAAUGAUCCGUCUGGACAUGAGUGAGUUCAUGGAGCGACACACCGUUUCGAAACUCAUUGGUUCGCCUCCUGGUUACGUAGGAUACACGGAAGGAGGUCAGCUAACGGAGGCGGUUAGACGCAGGCCCUACACGCUUGUCCUCUUCGACGAAAUAGAGAAAGCUCAUCCUGAUGUUUUCAACAUGAUGCUUCAGAUCCUAGAAGAUGGCAGACUAACUGACAGCAAAGGAAGAACGGUUGAUUUCAAGAACACGCUUCUGAUCAUGACAUCAAACGUAGGAAGCAGCGUGAUUGAAAAGGGUGGUAGAAGAAUCGGGUUUGAUCUCGACUACGACGAGAAAGACAGCAGCUACAACAGAAUCAAGAGCCUAGUGACUGAGGAACUGAAACAGUAUUUCAGACCAGAGUUCUUGAACAGGUUGGAUGAGAUGAUUGUUUUCAGACAGUUGACGAAGCUGGAAGUGAAGGAGAUUGCUGAUAUAAUGCUUAAAGAAGUGGUGGUGAGGCUUAAGGACAAGGAGAUUGAGCUUCAAGUGACUGAGAGGUUUAAGGAGAGAGUGGUGGAUGAAGGGUUCGACCCGAGCUACGGUGCAAGGCCGCUGAGAAGAGCGAUUAUGAGGCUGUUGGAAGAUAGCAUGGCGGAGAAGAUGCUUUCAAGGGAGAUUAAAGAUGGAGACUCUGUGAUUGUUGAUGUUGAUGCUGAAGGAAGUGUGGUUGUGUUGAAUGGUAAGAACGGAAGUGGUGACGGUUUUGUUGCUGAAGAAGCCAUGGAGGAUCCAAUUCCUGUGUUGUAGAAGGGAAGAGGAGAGUUCUAGAGAUUUUAUUUUUCUUCAUCUCUUUGAAGUGUUGUUGGUUGAACUGUCUCAUUUGAUUUUGUUUUUGCAUUUUUAAAUUGUUUCUGGAUAUUGAUUGCUCGGGAACCAUGGGGAGCUUCCCUCAACACGAAAAAAUGAAAUGAGAAUAACAUGGUCAGAGCUGAA